UUGUGAGUCCAUAACCUGGAUCCAGUGUUUCUCCAACCAAACAGAAGCUCUCUUAAUAUAACAUUUAAACAAUAACUCAGUGAUAAAUCUGCUUUAUUUUCUUCCACAGGAACCAGCAGGUUAAACUGGUUUCAGACAGGUGCACACAGGUGUUGUUGUUACUGGAGGUCAACCAGCCCCACAUCCAAGAUGCUUUCCCCAGGCAUGACCGCCUCCUCUCGGCUGCUCAGGCCGAUUUCAAGGCUCCCUCUCUGGCUGGGCUCUGAUGGAAGAGCCGCCAGUUCUCUGCAGAAAGUAGAGUUGAUAAAGAAACAUGAACUGGAGAAAGAUGAGCCCCGCCCCCUCUACAUGGACUUCCAGGCCACCACGCCCAUGGACCCCCGGGUGCUGGACGCCAUGUUGCCAUACCAGGUGAAUUACUACGGCAACCCUCACUCCAGAACACACGCCUACGGCUGGGAGAGCGAGAGCGCCAUGGAGAUGGCCAGGAAGCAGGUGGCUGAUCUGAUUGGAGCCGAUCCCAGAGAGAUCAUCUUCACCAGCGGAGCCACCGAGUCCAACAACAUGGCCAUCAAGGGCGUGGCCAGGUUCUACCAGACGAAGAAGCGUCAUGUGAUCACCACGCAGACGGAGCACAAAUGUGUGCUGGACUCGUGUCGAGUUCUGGAGUCCGAAGGGUUCAGUGUCACCUACCUGCCAGUCCGGUCGAACGGACUGCUGGACCUGGAGCUGUUGGAGGCCUCCAUCCGUCCUGACACCUCCCUGUUGUCAGUGAUGACCGUCAACAAUGAGAUCGGAGUCAAGCAGCCCAUCAAGGAGAUUGGUCAGAUUUGUCGCUCUAAGGGAGUCUUCCUCCACACCGACGCCGCUCAGGCCGUCGGAAAGAUUCCCAUCAACGUCACGGACUGGAAGAUUGAUCUGAUGUCCAUCAGCGGCCACAAGAUCUACGGACCUAAAGGUGUGGGUGCUUUGUACGUGCGUCGUCGGCCCAGAGUGCGCUUGGAGCCGCUGCAGAACGGCGGCGGGCAGGAGAGGGGGCUCCGCUCCGGCACCGUCCCCACCCCGCUGGCUGUGGGGCUGGGAGCCGCCUGCAGCAUCGCACAGCAGGAGAUGGAGUAUGAUGAUUACAGAGUGUCCAUGCUGGCUAAUCGUCUGGUCCAGAAGCUCACGUCUGAGCUUCCUGACGUCAUCCUGAACGGAGAUGCAGAACAACGCUACAAUGGCUGCAUCAACUUGUCCUUUGCUUAUGUGGAGGGAGAGAGUCUGCUGAUGGCGCUGAAGGAUGUGGCUCUGUCAUCUGGGAGUGCAUGUACGUCAGCGUCUCUGGAGCCGUCAUACGUCCUCAGAGCGAUCGGAACAGAUGAGGACCUGGCUCACUCAUCCAUCAGGUUUGGUAUUGGCAGGUUCACCACAGAGGCAGAGGUGGACUACACAGCAGAGAAAUGUAUCACGCAGGUCAGCCGGCUCAGAGAGAUGAGUCCUCUGUGGGAGAUGGUCCAAGAAGGCAUCGAUCUGAAGAGCAUCAAGUGGACGCAGCACUAGACUCCCCCCCACUUCCCGUUUACUUCCUGAUGACGACGAUAGAUUCCCAGGGAACUCUGGGAAUUCACUAGCUUUAACUUCCUGUAAACAAACACGCACAAACUUCCUGUCCGACUUGAAGUCUGUUUGUAGCUGCAGCUCUGUGUCUCCGUAGAAGCUCCCCUCGUUGCUCUGUCAGGAGAUUGUUGAUAAGAGUUUGUUGUAAGUUGUUCUGUGACACCGUGGUCCCGUAUCACAAAGUCUGUCUUUAUGUGGGUUACCUGGCUUCACUUUAAGUUAUCUCUGGGUUCAAUAAUCCAGUUCUGAAAGAGGAGCUCUUAAUUACAGACGGUCACAUGUAACAACAUGAAUUAUUUUAUAUGAAAUGAGAUGAAACUGCGAAUCCUGCAGGGAAAAAUAUAUUACUGAAGCAGCAAAAAGUGGUUUAAGGUGAAAGAUAUCAGAUGUAAUCACACAACUAGAAUAAAAUAACAAGCUGUUGAAGGAUUUAUGUUCAGAUAUUAAGAGAAAGGCAGUUUAUCCGAGUGGGAGUCUACUGAUCUAUAAUCAUGUCUCUACUGCUCUUUAUUACUCGUCAGAUCAUUGUGAACACAGUACUUUCAUCUCUGUCAAAACCCUGUGUCUAUUUUUCCAGUGAUUGAUUGGACAGUGCUGGACUGUUGUUGAUGGGUUUUGAUCUGAACCUCUGCACCACAUUGAUCUAACCCGGUUAAAAGGGAGCGAGUGUCAUGAUGACAAAAAACCUGAGUUAAAGUCAAAGGUAGCCGUCUAUCCUCGCUGUGGAAACAACAGAGGAACAGAGACAGUGUUACGCUCGGGGCUGCAGCUGAAGGCAGCAGAGAGAUAUUUACUGAGCGGAUAUUUAAUGAUCCAGUUGAUGAUACACAGUUUGACUCCUGCUCUGUUCACAUGUGAUACUCUCUCCUCUCUGUCUCAGAACUCCCUCUCACAGUUUUCCUUCCUUCUCUCACAUCAGAUAUUCAGUUUUCAGUAAAAUGCAGUGUCAUGUCAGUUUAUCAGCAGUGUUUACUGUGUUAGCAGCCGCAGUAGUUUGAUUAUUUUGUUAAAGUCCGGAACGCACUACAAGACUGUAGCCUUGAUUUGACCACAACGGCUGAUUUUCAACAGUAAGAACAGAUGAGGUCCAGUCUCACAUUCUAACUGAGACCAAAGUGUGUCUGAUGAUUGUUGCUAGACUCUGGAGGUGAUCGUGAAAGUCUGAUCACAAAAAUCUGAAAUAUUUGGGUGAUAACUGGGUUUUCACACUGAUAUGAUUUUCAAAGUCUUGUAUUGUGUUCCUGGAUGUUCCAUCUACUGUUACUCUUCAUGAUACAUAAGUUAUAUUAUCCAAUAAAAGCCUGCUGAAUUGUUAUGC